CUUUUUGCUUGGCGUCCGUGCAAUUUUGAGUCACGGCGCGUGACGCUGGUGCCAUGGCCUAUGCCCACGGAAAGCCUUUGCCACAGGGAUGUCAUAACCACAACGUGGGGCGAUUGCACGAAGCGAGCACGACCUUCCUACUGUGCGACGUACAAGAGAAGUUCCGUGGGGUCAUUGAUCAAAUGCCCCGGGUCAUUGAGGCCUCCAAAGCGAUGUUGGCCGCAGCCAAGGUCAUGGCCAUCCCGGUGAUUGUCACGGAACAGUAUCCCAAAGCUCUGGGCCACACAGUGUCAGAGCUCGAUGUCUCCGAGGCGAAGGUCUUUGAGAAGACGCAAUUUUCCAUGUACACCAACGAGUUUGCGCACUAUUUGGGCGGCCUUGACCGCAAGGAUGCCAUCCUCUUCGGUGUGGAGACGCACGUCUGCGUGCAACAGACCGCGUUGGAUCUCAUGGACCGAGGAAUUCAGGUCCAUGUGUUGGCAGAUGGCGUGUCAUCCCAACGGCCCUUGGAUCGUGAAAUCGCCUUGGAUCGUUUGCGACAGGCAGGCUGCUACGUGACCACCAUGGAAUCGGUCCUCUUCGAGCUGCUGCGCAGCAAAGAUGCGCCGGAGUUCAAAGCCAUCUCUGGAAUUGUGAAGGCUUAUGGCGAAAACCUCAAGAAUUUGAAACCCUCUGUGGGGGAGGCAGCGCUUUGAGGGACACAAGACGCCUUGGUUUCAAAAAA